AUGGAAGCCUUUCUCGAGUUCCAACAUCUUAAACAAUUCACCUUAGAAGAGAUCAAGUCAAUCACCGGCGACUUCGAUAACAAAAACGUUAUUGGAGAAGGUGGAUUCGGGAAGGUAUACCAAGGACUAAUCUCUGACUCUAAUGGCAAAAUCAUGGCUGCUUUUAAGCGUCUGAGUAGCAACUGUGGACAGGGAAACCCUGAAUUCUUGAAAGAGAUAUUCAUGCUUUCUCGUUACACACAUGAAAAUCUCAUCUCUCUAUUGGGAUUCUGCGACGAAAAGGGUGAGAAGAUCCUUGUGUAUGAGCAUGCAUCUCAUGGAAGCCUUGAUAGCCAUUUGAGUAGCACUACUCUAAAGUGGACGCAACGUCUCAAUAUAUGCCUUGGGGCUGCAAGGGGGUUGUGCUACCUUCAUGAUCCCAUGGACACACAAGAAAGGGUUAUCCAUAGGGAUAUAAAAAGUUCCAACAUCCUAAUAGACGAAAGUUGGAAUGCUAAAGUUUCUGACAUGGGACUAUCAAAGAUAGGACCCGCUAAUCAGCAGCACACCUUUCUUGCCACAAACGUUGUAGGUACCUUUUGGUAUGUAGAUCCCAUGUAUAUGGAGACAAGCAUCCUAACGAAAGAGUCAGACGUUUACUCUUUUGGUCUGGUAUUGUUUGAAGUAUUGUGUGGGAGACAAUGCUUUGAAAAUAACAAUGGUAAUUUUCGGAGUUUAGUGCGAAAGUGGAAAAAAAACUACAAAGAGAAGAAAUUAGAUGAGAUUAUAUUUCCAGAGCCGAAGCAACACCUGAAUCCGAGGUCAUUGGAAAUAUUUUCAGACAUCGCAUACCGAUGUUUGAAUAAAAAUCGUGCAGAUCGCCCAAAUAUGUCUGAAGUUUGCCAAAAACUUGAGAUCGCGUUUGAGAUGCAAGGGCUUUUUGAGGAGAAUCUUGAAGAUAUGGAACCAGAAAUGGAUUAUGUAGAGAUGGGUAAGAGUGCUAUGCCUCCUUUGGUUUACAAGUCUGAAGAGGAACUAAAGAUGCUUCUCUCCAAAGGAAUCUUUGUCAACGGGGGCAAGACGUGGUUUUUGUUAAAUAAGAAUGGAGAACACUGUGAAAUGAUAUCGGCAGCAGAAUGUUUAAUUCCAAUGGAUGCUGUAAUUUCUGAGGGUGCUAAUUACGAUCGAAAUAAAUCAAGAUUUAAUGUGGAGUACAAUAGACCAUAUUGUAAGAAAUUCAAAACACAUGUGAAAACACAAUUUUUGUCUCCACAUAUCACAUACACAGUAAACCUUGUGUUCGACUUUUACCAACAAAAGAACGAGUAUGUACGCCUAAACCUCUCCUUCAAAUUGCCUGGGGAGACGAAUUAUUGGACUUUGUAUAUAGAAGAUACAAGAGAUGAUGGAUGGUUAAUGGUUGAAUUAUAUCAACUUACUAGUGAAACGAAAAAUUUUGAUUUCGAAAUUAUGUUUGACAGCUGUCACCAAUUGGUAGUAGAAGGCAUUGAGCUUCAACCAGUGGAGAGAGUGGAGCAUGGAGUGUUAGAGGAUGAGGAGGUGGAUAUAGAAACCAUAUCCAAUCCAGACUCAUAUUGGGAAAAACUAUUGCCAACUGAUUAUGAAGAGAUAAUCAAGUUGUCAAAAAACAAAGACGUGCAAUGGACAACAAAAAAUGAACUGUACUCUACUCUUUGCAAAGGCUUCCUAAUUAACAAUGGUAAAGAGUGGUUUUCUCUUACAAAAGAGGGGAAGAAAUGUCAUAUGAUUUCAUCAAGGGUGGUUUUGGAUGAGCGGCAGUUGAAUUGGUGGCCUUUCCCCCAAUCAAGAUUUGGAGAAGUUGCUGUUAAUCCAGAUGAACGCAUGAGAUCAUUUAUGAUUGUCGGCAACUCCAGAAUUCUGUCAACUCAAACAACAUAUGCAAUUUACCUUGUUUACAAAUUACAAGGAGACCUUUAUGCAUUUGAGCCUCCUGUCAAAGUCACUGUUAUUGAUAAUGCUGUUUCGAUUAAAGGUUUUUCGUAUGAGAAGGAUUAUUCAUGGUAUAUCUAUUUACUUAGCCCCCAAACACCAAUCAUUAGACGAAAGACAUAUCAAAACUCACACAACCCUUCAAUCAGACCCAAAAUGGCAGGCCGUCCACAAAAAAGGAACGAUGGUUGGAUGGAAGUGCAGGUAUGGGAAUUUAGAACAAGUACUGACACUCGAUGGAUUCGGACAUGUAAUGAAUUGACCUUUCUCACUCCCAGUAGGCGUACAGGGCUUCUUAUGCAAGGCAUUGAGUUUAGACCCAUAUAAGUUUUCUUGUUUAUGAUUGAGCUCGAGUUAAUUGUAAUAAAUUGAUCAAAUAUUUAUGAUUGAGCAUGAAUUCAUUGAUAUUAUUG